UCCAAGGUGGCACUAAUAUGAGAUGACUACCAAAGGAACCGCGGGAGUCAAAAAAUAAACUGAAAUUUAUUUAAGUGGUAACUCGAGAUUAAAAGGAAUCGCCAGAAAACAGUUGGAUGAUGGACCUCUGCCGUUUGUGCGCUAAAAGGGGAAGUCAACCCCUGGCGCACUCGCUAACGACACUAAAAUCUAGCCCCGGAAUGAAAAGUUUGAUCGAACUCUGCAUUCACGGAAAUGAACCAACUCCAGCUUCCCCAAUAUUUCCCACUAGCGUAUGUGAUGCGUGCCUGAAGCAGCUAAGAUGUUUUCAACGAUUUGUGCACAGCUGUAAAACAGCUCAACUUACGUUGCAGCAGCUUAUUUCGUCCGAUGAUGGGGCAAAGAUCGCACGAGAUCCUCAGAGCACACAAGCAACUACCGUUCAACGAAGAGAUCGCCUCGAGUAUGAAGAGGAAAAGUGCAACAAUAAUGAUCUGGACGAAGCGACGACGGUCAACGAGGAAACAGCGAACCAAGAAACUCCAAACUGUACUGAACAACCGGGCGUGGAAUCGAGGAUAGAAAGCAACCUAAAUCAACCCAUAGGAGGGCGUGCUAAUUAUUUAAGAACUAGGACUCGAUCUGCGACACACGAUGAGAGUACCGGAGCACCUGUGAAACGAAGGAAAUCAACGGUGGUGGCCCAGCAACCUUCGCCUUCGAGGCGUAAACAAAUAUGCCAAGUCUGUGGCAAGGUUCUCUCGAACAAGGCCACUUUCCGGGUGCACAUGAAGAUCCAUAAGCAGGAUAAAAGCCUCACAUGCAGCAUCUGCGAUCGACGGUUCUACGUGAAGCAGCAGCUGCGGAUCCACAUGGAAUCAUUUCACGAGCAAAAAGAGUUCGUUUGUACCGUUUGCGGUUUGAAAUGCCGAUGGCGUAAAAGUUUGGCGCGCCACAUGCAACUGCAUGCGGAAAAUCCUUACAAACAUAAGUGCAACCACUGCGAGAAGGCCUUCUCACGCCCCAAUCAGUUGCGGAUUCACACGAUGAAACAUACCGGCGAUAGAGUUUGUUGUGAUAUAUGUGGUGCAGCUUACAUGUAUAAUUACAUGCUAACGCAACACAAAAUACGGAAACACGGCAUGGUGGUGGAAGGUGUGCAGUUGUAUAAAAGACGCCGGUCAGACGCGAAGGACAAGGCAAAUUUGUCCACAUCUCAAAAGAGCGCUAGUGAGAAUAAACAAUAG